CACCCCUCCUCCAAAAACGCACAAUUUUCCUCUACGUAUUCUUCUCCUCUUUCUCAGCCCUCCUCAGUCUUUCUCUUUUUCUGAUGCUCAGUCUGAGCGCCAGCUUUGCAGAGGGAGGAAAGCCCUGGCAGGAUCCUGGAAAUCUACUAAAUUCAUUUUUUUGGACACCUCAUCUAUUUUUGGACUUGGAUGAAGGGGCCACUCGCACCAAUCAUCCCCUCACUGGAUUGUAGGAGGAUGUUUCUGUAGGCUCUGCUGAAGUUUCCGUUUGAAUGAAAGUUUGUCUGUUUUGCAAUGAUCUAAGCACUUCGGCUGUUUGAUAUCAAUUUAAGGAAACAGGUGGACACUCUGAACUGUUGAAAAGCCAAAUGGACCUCAGUUCAUUUUGAUUCAGGCUUUUGCAAACAAAGUUUUGAAGAAGUUAUCGUGUUCCAUUGCAGCAAGUUGAAAUAUUCAUUUGGAUGUUUUCUUGGUUCUCCACUUGUGCCGUGGUCGAGGAUGCUAAAGAGUAACAGGAGCAGCUGCAGCAGCAUGAGUUUCUUGAGCAUCCUGUGGCUUCUGAUAGUUUGUGCGGCCUCUGGAAGUCGAGGUCGGCAGCAAAGAGAGGCUGCGGAUGAACAGUCAGCAACCAGGGCUCAGCUGGCAGAGAGCCACGCAAUCUGCAACCAGGACGGAUGCUACGCCGUCUUCUUUCAGAAGAAAGUCUUCAGGGAAGCUGGGCAGGCCUGCCGGGAGCAAGGUGGGACCCUGGCGACGAUGCAUACCUAUGAAGCAGCGGGCGUGGUCCAUGAAAUGCUGUCAGCCAUCGAAGGACAAGGUUCCAGGUCCAGGCUUCGCCUCUGGAUUGGACUGCACAGACCUCCUCGCCAGUGUUCAUCCACCAGACCACUCAGAGGAUUCGUCUGGGUCACAGGAAAUCAGGAUGGUCAGUUCACCAAUUGGAUCAGAGACGAAAUGCCGAAGACUUGUGCUGUCCAUCGCUGUGUGGCCAUGUCAGUAAACAUGUCCGACAGUGGACAAGAGAGCAAGGCCAAUUACCGGUGGGCAGAAGGCCCCUGUGCACUGCAUUUGGAUGGAUAUAUUUGCCAGUACAGCUACAAAUCCAUGUGUUCACCACUGGAGGAUGAGGGCAGAGGUCCAGCUGUUUACACAACCCCAUUUAAACAUGCGAGCACCAUGCUGACCCAUGUGCCCCACGGGUCUGUAGCUACUCUGUUUUGCCCAGUAGACACCUCAAACCCAGAUGCUCCUGCUGAGGAAAGGGUGCUUUGUAUGGAGAGAGAAGAUGGGACAACAGGUUGGUCCAAGGAUGCCCCUCUGUGUUCAUCCAGUGCAGCAGCAUUGUAUCGUGACUGGUGUAGCGAAGACCACGGUUGUGAGCAGCACUGCCAAAAUAAAGAGGAUGAUUACUACUGCUACUGCUCUGAGGGCUUUGUCAUUGAUGAAGAUGGCUACAGCUGCAAGCCUGACCCCCUGAAUCAAAACGACCCACCUGAGCUGUCCUUCAAAUCCGCCAUCCCCACUGAGGCACCGCGCAUCAAGAGGGUCUGUGUGGAGAUGGGAUGUGAGUACGACUGCUUUGAAAGUGCCCGAGGCUUCCGUUGCACAUGCCCCCCAGGCUAUCAAAUAGGUCCAGAUGGCCACAGGUGUUCUGAUGUGGACGAAUGUAAACAGGAACCAUGUCCACAACUCUGUGUGAACACACCAGGCACCUUUCACUGUACCUGUUACCAGGGCUACCAGCCAGACAACGAUGGCGAGUGUGUGGAUGUAGACGAGUGCCUCGAUGAAGGCAGCUGUGAAGGGCCUUGCGAGAACACAAUUGGCUCUUUCACAUGUCUCUGUGAACCCGGCUAUGCGUUCAGCGGUGAAGGAGAGUGUUUGGAUGUGGAUGAGUGUGAGUCGGAGUCAUCCUGCCACCAUCAGUGUCUCAACCAUGUUGGAGGGUACAGUUGCAAAUGUGAUGAAGGCUUUGACCUGCAACGAGAUGGAAUCACCUGCCUACCUUCAAAUUACGAUGAAGAAUAUUCCACCCUGACCCCUGAUAGUGGUACCUCUGAGGAGCUUUAUCUUCCUUGGUCCACCACUGACCCGUAUUUUGAAGAUGAUACCAACUUUGAUAUCAGCUGGACAGAGGCUUCUGAGGCCCUUACCUCGGACAUUGCUCAUCCAUCAGAUAAUCGUCUAAACCCGUGGGAUGACUUAUCGUCAAGGCAAUACCCGACAGCCACACCCUCAACACAAAAACACAGCACAGAUAACAACAUUGAAAAUGAUGUUGAGAGAGGAAGAGAUGAGCAAAGGGAUGGGGCUUUAGCUAAAAAGGUAAUCGAGUCGUCCAGUGUAAUUGGGGAGUCAGAGACACCAAAGGUGGACAGCACAAAGGAUGCCAACAGUACAGAGAUGACCAAAACAGGAUCUGCAGCAGGUAAACGCAAGCAGGACAAGAACUGGCUGCUUGUGGCUCUGCUGGUGCCUCUGUGCGUAUUUCUCGUAGUGAUGCUAGCUUUAGGAAUCGUCUAUUGCACCAGUUGUGCCGUGGACAAGAGCCUCAGUUUUUCAGACUGUUACCGUUGGGUACUCCCUGCAACACCUCCAGCCAGGAAGUAUGGCAAAACUCAAGCAUGAACCCUAAUGCGAAUAGACAAAAAGUAUGUUUUUAUGCCUUUAUUAACUUUUUUUUUCUGUUGGCAAAAGACUGCUCAUUAAAGCCAUUUUGGAUCAAAUACAUCUAACUAACUUUGAUGUUUUCUGUUCCACAGCUUUUGUAAAUAUAUGUCAUAAAUCUGUUAAAAUGCAAUAAAAGUCAGUAACACGAUGAAAUGCAGUACUGUUGGGUUUUGUUCAGUGUGAAAUAAAGUGUUGAAUUAAGAAUUAA